AUGGAUGAUAUAGACCAAUCAGAAAUAUAUGAUCCUUCGAUAGAUUCAUUCAGUCAAGUUGGUUCUGUUAUUGAUCAUCCUCUGUUCUUGCAAAGUGAGAUACAAGGUUGCCUUGAUGUUAGUGACCCUAACUAUGAAUGUUCAAUUUGUGGCGCGUGUUUCUGGUUAUUAGAACGUGUUGAAAGAGAUUCUACAGUUAAUCAUCCUAUUUUUACUGUUUGUUGCUCAAAGGGAAAAAUUCAGUUACCUUAUCUCCAAAAGCCCCCAGAUUUCUUAGAUGAUUUGAUCAAUGGACAUGAUAGCAAGAGUUUAUACUUCCAAAAAAAUAUUCGAUCUUAUAACAGUAUGUUUGCCUUCACGUCUCUUGGCGAUGCUGAUGAGAAGCCUAAAUUUGCGCAGUUAUACGUAUACGACACUCAGCAUGAGAUAAUGCAUAGGCAGCGAAUUUUCGGGCAAACAUCUGAGAUAGAUAAAGAAUUGAUAACUGAGUUGUUGCAAAUGAUCGAUACUCAUAAUGUCAUAGCACAGUCUUUUCGAAGAGUUAGAGAAUUCUAUGAGUGUCAUCCAUCUGAGAUUUUCUCAUUGAAGUUGUAUUCACAAUGGAAUGUUGAUCGAAGAAUGUACAGUGCUCCCUCUUGCAAUGAAGUUACUGCUUUGAUUGUUGGAGAUUUUGAUUCGUCGGACCAUGGUCGUGACAUUAUUGUUCGAUCUACUGGUGGUCGGUUGCAACGUAUAUAUGAAACUCAUGCUCUGUAUUGGCCCUUACAGUAUCCUCUGUUGUUUUCGUAUGGCGAGGAUGGUUAUCAGCUGAACAUUGGUUAUCGUGGUCAACAGCUUGGAUAUGUUCCUGGAAGGAGAACAAGAGUUUCCCUCAGGGAAUUCAUAUGUUUUCGUCUCCAGAUUAGGGAGCAUGAAGAUGGAAUUAUUCACAAGUGUAGGCGGUUGUUUCAACAAUUUGUUGUUGAUUGCUUUACCAUGAUUGAGUCCCAGAGGUUAUAUGAGAUUAGAAUGAAGCAAAGUACAAUUAGAGGAGAAGUCCUUCAAGGAAUAGAGGAGGCUAUGCGUCGUGGCGAUGACGAGGCUUCUUCAAUUGGGACACGAAUCAUUUUGCCUUCCUCCUUCACUGGUGGUAGACGUUAUAUGUUUAACCGUUCUCAGGAUGCCAUGGCAAUUUGCAAACAUUUUGGGUAUCCAGAUUUAUUCCUCACUAUUACGUGUAAUCCAAAUUGGCCUGAGUUUCAGCGGUUCACGAAGCGAGAGCGAAUUCCGAUUGCUGAUCGUCCUGAUAUCUCUUGUCGUGUCUUUCAUGCCAAGUUGAAGUGCCUCCUUAGUGAUCUCAAGGAAGGUGUGUUUUUUGGUCCACUUAAUGCAGGUCUACCGCAUGCACACAUGUUACUCUGGCUUAACGGGAAAAGCAACUUACAAAGUGUUGAAAUUGUUGAUGAAUUCAUCUGUGCCGAGCUACCCAAUCCCCAGAAAUUUCCAUCUCUUUAUAAUGUUGUCACCAAGUACAUGAUCCAUGGUCCCUGUGGUCGACUUAGACCGAGUUCUCCUUGCAUGAAAGAUGGUAAGUGCUCAAAAUUUUAUCCGAAAAUAUUCGUUGACCAAACGAGCUUUGAUGAAGAUGGCUAUCCAAUAUAUAGACGUCGUAAUAUGGGUGUCAUAGUGAAGAUCAACGAUGUCGAUAUCGACAACAGAUUUAUUGUGCCCUAUAAUCCACUGUUAUUAAUGAAAUAUCAAGCUCACAUAAAUCUCGAGUUCUGUAACAAGUCAAACGUCAUCAAGUAUCUAUUUAAGUAUGUUAACAAGGGUCCGGGUCAGGUGACCGCAAUUGUUGGAGAAAUAUAUGAUGUUGGUGAAUCUUCUCAGGUUGUUGAUGAGAUCAAACAGUAUUACGAUUGUCGUUAUUUGUCAUCGUCUGAAUCCAUGUCGAGAAUUUUUGCUUACGAUAUUCAUCAAAGAUGGCCGUCGGUACAGAGGUUGACUUUUCACUUGCCCAACCAGCAACAUGUUGUAUUCAAUGAUGCUGAUAUCACUACUCAUGUUUAUUUGCGCAACAAAGAUUUGCUGACGAUGUUUACAAGUUGGAUGAUGGCCAACAGGCGGUUCUCGGAGGGGCGGUCUCUAACAUAUGUUGAAUAUCCAGGCAAAUUUGUCUAUUGUUUGAGGAGCAGGGAGUGGAAGCCAAGACAGAGUGGAUUCUCAAUUGGAAGAUUGAGUUUUGCUCAUCCCUCAUCUGGUGAACUUUUCUACAUGUGGAUGCUUUUGAAUGUGCAGAGAGGUUGA